GGCCCGGGCCACUCCCGCACCUCGCUUCCGUCAUGGCGACGAUCCUUUCACCCACUUGGGGGAGAAGACGGCGAUGAGCGGGACCUGUGUGGAUACCUUAGGGAAGCAGAGAGGAGAAGGUUUACCAGCCACCUGCCUCGCUGCCUUCUGGCUCCUCUGGUUGCAAGAAAGUUAAAGCAUCACCCAGAAGAGUGCUGGGAAGUCUGCUCAGACCCCACCGCGGGGGCCGGAGAGGGACGGAGGCGGCAGCUGGAGGGACCGAGGCUCUCUUGCCUGAACUCCCCUGAGGAGAGCUCCAGGGACUGAGAAAGAUGGAGAAGGGCUGAAGCCAUCUGAGCCCCGAGCCUGGCCCCGCCCCUAGGGAAAGAGCUGGAGGGGCAGCAUGGCGGUGGAAGUGGUGGCAGGCAGGGCACAAUCCCUCCGGUGGGGCUGCUGAGGCUUUGGUGCCCCCGAUGGAAGCCAACAACCAGAAGAGGGUGGCCUCCCCAGCGCCGUCUCCCCUUGCCGAGUGUCUGGAAGGCCCCGGCGGUCGCCGACCCCCACCGGCCCCGGGUUCCUGGCUGCAGCGGCACCAGAAGCAGCUGUUGCAAGCCAUCUCCUCCCCUCUCCUGGACGAGAUCCUGGGCUACGUGAGAAAGCAGGAGGUGCUCACGGGCGAGGAGGCCGGCAAGGUGUGCCAGGCCACCUCCCUGGCCGGGCAGGUGAAGGCAUUGGUCGACUUGCUGGCCGGGAAAGGGACCCAGGGUUCCUGGGCCCUGCAGACCUUCAUCGAGAACUCCGACUCCCAGCUCUGUCGCCAUCUCGCUGCCUGCACCGCCGGAGACUGUACCAGGGGUGUCUGUGGAGAUCCUACGAUGCAGAGGCACCUGGAGUUCCUCCGCAAAAGGUUCGGGUCGGGCCCAGACCCGACUCUGUCUGCAUCCCAGAGGCUGACCAAACUGCUGCUGGUGGAGGGCUUGACCGACCUCCAGCAGAAAGACCACGAUUUCGUGCAGAUAGAGGCCACCCGAGGUGGGCGUCAGGCCUCCAAGAACAUCGCCUUGGAGCGGCUCUUCUCGCCCCUGUCCAAGGUCUCCAUCCCGCCCCGGGUCUCGGUGACGGUCGGCGUGGCCGGCAUCGGCAAGAGCGCCGUGGUCAAGCUGUACGUCGGCCUUUGGCUCCAGGGGGAGGUGGGCCAGGACAUCAAGUGGGUGCUGCCCCUGAGCUUCCAAGAGCUGAACGCCCUGGACAAGCUGUCGGCCGAUAGGCUCGUCCGCCUGGCCUCCGCGAACGCGAGCGAGGCCGCCCACUGCGGUUUGGCCCGCGUCCUGCUGAUCCUGGACGGCCUGGACGAGUUCAAGACCCCCCUGGAUUUUUCCAACGCCGUGGCGUGCACCGAUCCCAAAAAGGAGAUCCCGGUGGACGGCCUGGUCACCAACAUCAUCCGGGGGAACCUCUUGCCGGAGGCGUCCGUCUGGGUGACCUCCCGCCCCACGGCGGCCGGCCAGAUCCCGGGGGGCCUGGUGGACCGGAUGACGGAGAUCCGGGGCUUCGAUAAGGCCGAGAUGGAAGACUAUCUGAAUCGCCUGUUCCCGGAGAGCCCGGACCUCGCCGUCCGGGUCCUGAGGCAGGUCGGGGCCAAUCCGGCCCUGUACUUACUGUGCACGGUCCCCUCCUUCUGCCGGCUCUGCGGCGUGGUCCUGGGCUGCCUGCUCAAGGGCCGGCCCGACCGCCAGCUCCCCGAGGCCUCGUUCCCCAAGUCCCUGUCGGAGCUGUACGCCUCCUACUUCAAGAUGGCGCUGUGCGGGGACUGGCCGGACCGGCCGAAGGAGAGCCUCCGGACGGAGCAGGCCGCCAGCGGCAAGAAACUGCUGGGGGCCCUGGGCCGGCUGGCCUUCUUCGGCUUGGUCAAGAAGAGAUACGUCUUCUCUGAGCCGGACCUCAAGGCCCACGGCGUGGAGCUCUCGCUGCUGCAGGCUAACCCCCGCCACUGCCUCUUCCUCAAGGAGGAGGCCCAGGGCUCCGUCCACUACUACUUCGCCCACCUGUCUCUGCAGGAGUUCGCGGCCGCCGCCUACUACUACGGCGCGGCCAAGCGGGCUCUCUUCGACCUCUUCUCCGAUAACGGCAUGUCCUGGUUCAAACUGGGCUUCCUCACCCACUACAGGAACGCCCUUCAGAGAGCGCUGCAGGCGGAGGACGGGCGGCUGGACGUUUUCCUGCGCUUCCUGUCCGGCCUGCUCUCCCCGCGGGUCAACCGGCUCCUGGCCGGCUGGCUGCUGGUCAAGGACGAGCACGACGGUCACCGGGGCCCCGUCAGGGACCUCCUCCAGGACUGCCUCCGCCCCAUGGCCAACGUCUCCUCCCGCAUGGUCAACAUCGUGCGCUGCCUGCAGGAGCUCCAGUGCCCGGAGCUGGCCCAGAGCGUGGAGGAGGCCAUGGCGAGCGAGAGCCUGGCCGGGAAGCUGACCCCUCUCCACCGCUCGGCCCUGGCCUACGUGCUGCAGGUUUCGGAGGCGUGCGCCGACGAGACCAACCUCUCCAGGUGCCUCAGCCACGGCGAUCUCGAGAGCCUCCUGGCUCAGAUUCUCUACUGCCGGAACCUCAGGAUGGACAGCAACCAGUUCCAGGACAGUGUGAUGGAACUCCUGGCGAGCGUGCUCAGUGGGAAGGACUGUCUGAUUGAGAAGCUCAGCCUGGCAGAGAACGAGAUUAGCAACAAAGGGGCCAAAGCUCUGGCCAGAUCUCUCAUGGUCAACAGAAGUCUGACUACACUAGACCUCCGUGGUAACUCCAUCGGGCCUCAAGGAGCCAAAGCCCUGGCGGAUGCUCUGAAGAUUAACCGCGUCCUGAUGUCUCUGAACCUCCAGAACAACAAGAUAAAGGAUGACGGCGCCAAGGCCUUAGCUCAUGUCCUUUCUACUAAUAACACGCUCUCCGUUCUCCACUUGCAGAAGAACUCCAUCGGGCCCAUAGGAGCCAAGACGUUAGCCAGUGCCCUGAAGCAGAACCGGACUCUGAAAAAGCUCAUGUUCUCCGGCAACGGAUGUGGAAAUGAGGGGUCGGAAGCCCUGGCGGAGGCCCUGAAACUGAACCAAGGCCUCAUCACCCUGGACCUGCAGAGCAACUCCAUCAGUAACGCUGGGAUCCUGGCCCUGACCCAAGCCCUCUGCUCUAACAAGACUCUGAUCAACCUGAACCUCCGGGAAAACUCCAUCGGUUCAGAGGGGGCACGUGAGAUCGCCAACGCACUCCGCGCCAACCGGACCCUGAAGGACCUGGACUUGGCAGCAAACCUUCUCCGCGAGGAAGGAGCCCAAGCUCUUGCCGUAGCAGUGAAAGAGAACCAGACUCUCACUUCCCUUCACCUUCAGUGGAAUUUCAUCCAGUCGUCUGCUACCAAGGCCCUGGCCCAAGCACUACAAUUCAACAGGAGUCUGACCAGCUUAUAUUUGCAGGAGAACGAGAUCGGGGAUGAAGGAGCGGCUGCGCUGGCCGGGGCGCUGAAGGUGAACGGCAUCCUUUUGGCCCUCUACCUCCAGAUGACUUCUAUCAGGGUGAUGGGGGCCCAGGCCCUCGGGGAGGCUUUGAUGGUGAACAAGACCUUGGAGAUCCUGGACCUCAGAGGGAACGCCAUCGGGUUGGCGGGGGCCAAGGCCAUGGCCAGUGCCCUGAAGGUGAACGCCAGCCUCCGGCUCCUCAAUCUUCAGGAGAACACUCUGGGGAUGGAUGGAGCGCUCUGCAUCUCGGCCGCGCUGUCUGGCAACCACGGGCUCAAGCAUAUCAACCUCCAGGGAAACAGCAUCGGAGAAAACGGUGCCAAGGUGAUCUCCUCGGCCAUCAAAAACAAUGCCCCAAGUUGCGUUGUUGAAAUCUGAGGUCUGAAUUUGGAUGGAAAGUGGCAUGGACAGAGCAAGGCCAAAGGCAGGAGCCCGAGCCGGGGAGUCUUCACGCGGGACCGCCGGUGACCGCCUGUGUCCGCUGAGGGACCAGAGCGUGAGCGAGCCCCGGGCAGGUGGAAAGGAAAGGCGCCUUCAGUCUCGGAGGGAGGCUUUCUUUGGCUUGCCGUGGAGUGGCCAGCGCUGGCACAGGUGAGGCGGGUACGCCGGGCCAAGGUGAAACCUAGCGGAUAAGGCACGGGCCUGGGAGUCAGACCACCUGGGUUCUAAUCCCGCCUCCACCAGGUGCCUGCUGGGUGACA